GAGAUGGAGAGAGAGAGAGAGAGAGAGAGAGAGAGAGAGAGAGAGAGAGAGCGAGAGCGAGAGAGGGUGGGGGGGCUUGGCUGGGAGGCUGAGGAAGACCGUGGUCCUGAGCGCAGAAGAAGAAGCAGCAGCAUCAGAAGGAGCAGAAGAAGAAGAAGGAGGGUCAUCAUCCGACGCUAGCUCAUCACUGACGACCGCUCAGGUAAAUUUAAUUUCAGGCGUUCUUCCCCCUCACCUCCUCUGGCCUGACAGACCCACCAGCCCAUCACCAUGAACUACCUUCGCCGCCGCCUAUCAGACAGCAGCUUUGUGGCCAACCUCCCCAACGGCUACAUGAUGGAUCUGCAGAGGCCGACCCCUCCAGGUUCGUCAACUUCCUCUCCCGCCUCCCCGGCUACAGAGAGGCGGAACCCCGCGAAUGUCCCGAACCAGACCCAGGGCACAGUCUCAGGCUCUGGCUCGGGCUCAGGCUCUGGCUCUGGCUCAGGCUCAGCCCCAGCCUCAGGCCCAGCUUCAGGCACAGGGAGCUUCCUCAGCUCCUUCUCCAGCGUGGUGAAGAGCGCUCAGAUGGCCCAGAACGUCGCCGCCGCUGCACACGCUAAAGCAGCAGCUGCAUCAGCUGAAGGUGCCUCUGCAGGAAGCAGUCAGCCAGCCAAGCCUGUCAUACGCAAGCCCAAGAUCCUGCUGGUGAUUGAUGAUCAGCACACGGACUGGGCCAAGUAUUUCCGAGGGAAGAAGCUGAAUGGAGAGUACGAGAUCCGGGUGGAGCAGGCGGAGUUCUCGGAGAUCAACCUGGCUUCCUACGUCAACUCGGGAUGUAUGGUGGACAUGCAGGUCAACAAAAGUGGCACUAAAGUGGUCAGGUCCUUCAAGCCAGACUUUGUCCUGAUUCGCCAGCACGCCUACAGCAUGAUCCCCGGCGAGGACUUCAGGAACCUUGUGAUUGGCCUGCAUUUUGGCGGCGUCCCGAGCAUCAACUCUCUCUUCUCCAUCUACAACUUCUGCAGCAAACCUUGGGUGUUUUCUCAGAUGAUUAAGCUCUACCACUCCCUCGGUGCUGAGAAAUUCCCCCUGAAUGAACAAACCUUCUAUCCCAACCACACACAGAUGCGUGUCGGCCGGGCCUGUACUGUUACAACCUGUCAACAGGAGGAGCGUUCACACCCUGCAGCCGCUCCGUGUCUGUCUAAGGCUGACAGCAACGUUAGGAUGUGCAGCCCCGUCGGUGUCAGGGAGGGUUUGGAUGAAGUGAGAGCAGCUGUCGAGGCGUUCCCUUCCUUCUUACAGGUAACAACUCCUUCCUACCCUGUGGUGGUCAAGAUGGGACACGCCCACUCUGGUAUGGGAAAGAUCAAAGUUGAAAACCAGCAGGACUUCCAGGACAUCACCAGCGUGGUGGCUCUGGCUGGGACCUACGCCACCACCGAGCCCUACGUUCAGUCCAAGUACGACAUCCGCAUCCAGAAGAUCGGCAACAACUACAAGGCUUACAUGAGAACGUCCAUUUCUGGCAACUGGAAGGCGAACACAGGUUCUGCCAUGUUGGAACAGAUCGCAAUGACGGACCGAUACCGGCUGUGGGUGGACUCCUGUGCUGAGAUGUUUGGUGGCCUUGACAUCUGUGCAGUGAAGGCUGUUCACGGAAAAGACGGCAACGACUAUAUCAUCGAGGUGAUGGACAGCUCUAUGCCUCUGAUUGGUGAGCAUGUGGAGGAGGAUAAACAGCUGAUCACAGAGCUGGUCAUCAACAAGAUGGCCCAAGUGCUGCUGGGAGUUUCCACACCUCAGCCUUCCUCCGUCAAGACCACACAGCCCAGACGAGGAGGACACCGCUCUGCUUCCGCUUCUCCAUCUCAGUCAGCCCAGGGCUCACCUCAGCGAGCCCGCUCAGCCACCACCUCGCCCAGCCAGGCCUUCCAGCCAGGUCCCAUCCCCGCCUCCUCCGGGCCUGGAGCUCAGAAACAGUCACCACAGCUAAACAAAUCCCAGUCGCUGACCAACACCUUCACAGAGACCUUACGAGGAAACCUGACCGACGACGAGGCCAAAGCUGAGACCAUCCGCAGCCUCCGACAGUCCUUCGCCAGCCUCUUCUCCGACUAACAACUUGCCCAGAAGCUUCUCCUUCCUGUCGGUUGUCAGGUGUGAAAACACAAAAAAAAAAAACCUGACUGGUUCAUCUGAGUCUCCUUCCUCCUCCGAGCCUCAGCUUCCUGGUCUUUCUCUUUCCUUCUCCCGGUGCAAUCCGCUGUCCUCAAGUCAACAAUAUGUUUAUCACUAGAAAGGCCAACUGGUUUUCAGAGUGUUUGUCUUCCUUACAGGAGAGAGUAAGACGUGUUGGACAUCAGACGCAGACGCAGAGUCAAACCAAACCCCAUUCAGAUUUCUGUAACUUUUACUCCACUUUAUGAUCUACUCUGUUUCCUCCUCCUCUAAGAUCAUAUAAAGACAUACUCUACACCAGGUCCAUAUACGCUUUAGUUUAGCCAUUAUUUUUUUAAAGGUGCUAUAUGUACGUUUUUUGCUAUAGCUACAUAGCCAACAUUAGCAUUAACAGCUGUUUACUCACCAGUCUAGAAGAAACGUUGCGAGUUCAACAUCAAACUUCAUUCCUUUACUUGCCAAAAGCUGUCUCCAGCGGCGGCAAGCAACACCAACUUGAACUUUUAAUUUUGGUAGCCUGCCUGUCCCGUCUUGUAAUACCACUCUGCGAUAGAGAGUCACUGUAGCGGCCAGUUCAGCAUGAGAGGAUGAAGAAGUCACACUGCACAGAGUGUGUAUAGCAUCCAUUAUCACCACCACCACCCACUCCCAGCAACAACAAAAAAAAUAAAACAUUGGAUGGCAGAGAAAACCUACAUAUAGCACCUUUCACAUGCUUCUGUAGCUGUCUCCUUAUUCCCAUAAUUCUUUGUGUUUUCAUUUAACAGCACUGCAGGGUUCAUGUUAGAGGAAAGUUGAUGCUGUAAUUUGGUUUCAAGUCGAAAACGAGGUAAAAAGCAUCAAUACAAACGUGUGAGUCGCCCCUCGAGUUCAGAUCAGCCAGUUUGGCCUUUCCAGUGGUGAAUCUAGCUGGUACUGCUUCGUAUGUAGUUGUACGGUGUUUGUACAACCAGUGAAACAGUUUGUUAUCUGUCCGUGUUUAAUUUAUUUAUAUAUUCAUUUUAAAUUUAUUUUGAUAAGUCUAAGUGACGCGCAGCUUCCAAACUGUUUGCAGAUGUUGACAGCAAUAUUCUGAUCUGAAACGGUUCCUGUGAACUCAUGAGAAAUGUUCUGAAUCCACUCGGUUCACCAGCGAUCCUCCGAGCAUCUUUGCCAGCAGCCACAGUUCUCAGACGUCCGUGUGCUGUAGACACAUAUUGGCUCUCGUAGUGACUCCUCUACCUUGGCCUAACAUUACCAAAGUGCUUUUUAAUAAAACAUUUUGAAAAAAAAGUCCCCUCUGCACUGGGUCAAGAAAAGCAUCACACAGCGAACCCGCCCUGCUGUACUGGCUUACAGCCGUCGUCUUCCAUCACAGUUCAGAUCUUCCCCUGCAAUUGUUCUGUUUCUUGAUGUUUCGUGCUUUGUGAGUGGCACUGUGGAGUAUUUUUGUGGGGGAUUUGUCAAAUCUGAAUCACUGCUGUGUGUUUAAAGGCAAACGGUGCGGAUGUGAUGUUCUAAGAUGUUUCAUGUGCUUCAGUUUCCUCAGAGACAGAAAAGAUUUGGUUGUUUAACGUCACAUCUUAUCUCUUUACUCUCCUUUAUUCUCUACAGCCAGUGUCAGCUGGGAUUAUAGACAUUUAUCAUCAUCCUUUUUUUCAGCUUGUGGUCACACGGUGUGUUUGUUAUACCUUCAUUGGUACGCUUCCAACAUGUGCUCCAUGUGAGUGAACAUACAUAGAGUCAAACUGGUGUUUUCUAAUAGAAAACCAACACAAGCUCAUGAUGUUAACUAUUCUACAAAGAGAGCAGAAACAAUGGAUGCUGUCAUUUCUUUAUGAUUUCCUGGAAAGGAUGAUGAUGUUUGAUAGUGAAAAUAUAGAUUAUGUAGGUGCCCAGAACCAGGAAGUCUUACUGUUAAUAAACAGUUGACUGAGCAGGAAUUGAACUGUUCUAAAGAUGUAAUGUGCAUACACUAUAUUGUAGCCUUCAAUGAAACAAAUAUUGUUUUUCAGUCAUUCAGAGUUAAUGACUGACACAAAUCCAUUUUAAUUUAUGUAAAUAUUAAUUUAUAUGAUAGAAAACCUAUUAUCCAUACUUGUUGUUUUGAUCAAAGAAGUGGAAGCUACCUGUUUGUUGUAAUUAUUUGCAAGUGUUCACUCUGUCAGUUCUCCUUAUAAUUAGCACUAAAUUACAUCUUUAAGAGGAAAAACAACAAUGUGAAAUUAAAUGGACCUGUUAAGUUAAUUGUCAGCAAGGUUCCUGCAGAAUUCUUGCAGCCUUGAUGUGACAGUUGCUUACAGGAGGACAUCGGCUGUUUAUGUUGCUUUUCAUGCAGAGCACAAUCACAAUCUUAUAAUCUAUAAAUUGGUCCUAUUGUAGGAAAUUAACAAGAUGUGUGGUAGUUGGCUCCAAAAUUAUCUGUGCUACAAAUACAAAGACAAGAUAUACAGUGAUUGACUGCAGUGUGAAUAUCUGUGAGCAGUAUGCAGUAGUUUAAAUGGACCUGUCUGGAUUCCAAAGUUUUUAUUGUUCUUUUAAUAAUAAUAAUAAUAAUAAUAAUAAUAAUAAUGAUAAUAAUGAUAAAAGCCUCCAUUUAAGAGUAAAAUCUAUUCAAAUGCAUGACGCUGUACAAAAUUUAUAGUUGUGUGUGCGGGUGUGUGUGUAUGUGUGUGUAAAGUUGUAAAUUUUCCAUUACGAUUAGUUAUAAUACGACCACAAAAACAGAGCUGCCCAUUUCUGCAAUAAUUAUUAUUAUAUAAGUAUAAGUAUAUAUAUAAGUUUUAACUCAUUUUGAUUUUAAACUUAGAAGCUCAACACUGUAAGAGAAACUAUUACAAUUACUACUACUAUUAUUUAUUUUACCUUAUUUAUUUUACCUUAUUUAUUUUGCCUUUCUUUCGGACGUUGCCUUCCAGUCUCACUGGCAGUAACAUCAAAAACUAACAUUGUUUGUUCAUUGCACUGAAACAGCUUAGUGUGUGUAGGUGUGACAAAACACACACUACAGUGCUCCUAACCGUACAACUGUAUAACUGUACAAAGCACUGAUCAGAGUUGUAGUUUAACUUCUACUAACAGCGGCUCUUCAGCAAAAUAAUAAGAAUAAUCUGGUAAGAAUGAGGGCCAGUAUGCUCUGUGCAUUAAAUAAUAUAAAACUGUCAAAUAUUAUAGUGUCAAAUGCUCCUUGCUUUUAACCACUGUAUGCUGUAAGCUAGUUAACCACACAUGCUAACAUGCUAACAUCGGCAGCUCAUGUUCGAGCAGAUGAACAGACUGUUUCAUCCAUUCCUCACACUUCAGCUUUGUUGUUUGUAUUUGAGCCGCAUCAAAAUGGAGAGAAGGGUUAGCCAACGGUCUGUUAGUCUGCUCACCUUCAAACAUGAGGAAGUCUGUGCCAGUGAUAUUGUCCUUUAUUGCCUUUUAAAUUUGCCAAACUGUUUGGAGAAGUAAACCUCUGAUCUGCAGUCAGCUUCAUCCCUGAGUUACUGCAGUGUUACUGAGCACUUUCUGUGUCAAAAUGGACCAAAUUAGCAUUUUGUUGUGACGGUUUACAUCAUAUUGUUUUAUUUUGUUGUAAAGAUGCCGAACACUCGGUGUGAAAAUACUGCAGUGUGAUAAGCCAUAACCAAACCAUGAGGAUUUACUGUCCCUUAUGUGCCGCGCAAUAAUGGCUGUGACGUCACCGAUAAACUGACAUAUGAACUUGGAUCACUGUGUGUUGACUUUAAAGAUGAGCUGGCCUGUCCUGCCCCUCAGAGGCACACAGCAGUAAUCAACAGAAGUCAUACGGGAGGAAAGAUAAACUUUGAUGUCGCUUCUCUCACUUUUACCAGACUUUGGCUUUAAAAUGCAGUUUAGGAUCUAGUCGAUGCUCAUCUCUUGGGUCAGAUUAUAAACAAUGACCAGAUGUCAAAUGAUUUUUGAAGUAUACAUUUGCAUUUACAUUUUUUUUAUUUUAGGAACAGACAAAGAGUCUCAUUCAGCUGCUAUAAACUAGUAGCUUAACACACCUGUAUUUUUUUUAUUUGACUCAAUUUGAACUGAGCUGCAAACUUUACUAGUAACUACCUCAAGUUCAGCAGUCCUCUGCAGAAAAUAUAGAGUGGUAGUACUGGAAAAGAUUUUGUGAAAUGAGCAAAAUGUAACUAAGAGCUUAUCAGUUUGAUACAUGUACUGUAGAGAACCAACAGUGUAGUGUGUGUGACAUCAACCUGAGGAAGUCUAGAUUCCCUGCAAAACCCAAACAUCUGCAUGUGACAACUAACACAGUAAUGAUGUAAGAGCUACUCAGUCACUCAGUCAUGCCCAAAUUAUUUGCCUCUUUAAGUAUUAGUAUCCACUUAAUGGAAUUGAAUUAAAUGCAUAUAACUACUCAUUCUGGAGAAAAAUUGGCAUUUCCCACGUUAUACCAAGCAUCAGCGUCUGGGACUGAAAAAUGAAGCCAACACUGAACUGACAGAAACUGCUGUUCCUCUAAUGACCACUUGAGUCUUGCUCCAAAAGUGAGUCAAUCCCCAUAGACUCCCAUGUUAAACAGUUUGGUCUCUAUUGCUAAUUCCCUCCUUCAUAACAACUGUACAGGGGGUGAAUUUUAAAAUAAUUCACCUGUCUAAAUUUUAUUAAGGCUUAAAGUUGUACACAAUUGAGGGCGUGGCCACUUUGAGUGACAGGUGGGUGAGCGUAUGCUUGCCACAGACUGGCUCCACACACGCCCCACCUCUUUGCCCAUUUUUGGAUUAGCCGGGAGUCAGGCGCUGCCAAGAUGGCAACGGCAAAGCAGCCCACUCUGAGCUUUAAAACUACUCUUCAGAAACCUAUGGGUGACGUCACAGAGGCUACACCCAUCUUUAUAUACAGUAUAUGCAGUAUAUACAUCAUGGAUGGAUAACCUACUAAGCUAAGUAGGCAACUGCUCCAGGAGCACUGCCUGGUCUGUGGUAACAGUUUUGACCAUAUUAUUAGUAAAUAACUUUCUUCAUUUAUAUCAAGUCAGUUAAAAAUGUAAUUUUUGCAGUAUGCCUCAGCAGAGCACAAUAUAACCUGAAAUGCUAAUUUUCAAAGAGUCUUAUGUUUACGUUUACCUUUUAUUAUUUCAGACAAUAUUGUGCUUACUGCAUGUAUGUGUAUACAUGUUCCUAAAUACAUUUUGUUUAAAAAUUCCACACUGUCCAAAAUGAUGAGGAUAGUUUGAUGUCAGUUUUCUUAAUUAGGAUCGAAUUAAUGCCACACAUAGUGUAUGCUCAUCUGUUUGAUCAGAGUGAAUGAAACCAGAUCUUAGAUGAGCUCAUUUUUCCAUCAGCUGUGAUUUGCUAUACUAGCUUUUCAUGUAUGUAUUCAUUUUUAUGUAGAUAAAUAUAGAUAUAGAUAAAUAAUAAACCUUGGGGGGUGGGAUAGUUGGAUAUUUUUGUCCCAGAGCCCCAGAGCAGAUUAAUCCAGCCCUGGUUCAGUGUUUUUUCUUUUCACCAUAAGCACUAGAGGAACAGUUCAAAGAUCAUUUGUUAUUAUGAUGAUAAUGAGGCUUAAAGAGAAGUGUCUUUUAAUGUUGUUUUUUUGAUUGGCAGCUUUCUCAGCCAAUCACAGCCUCAGCUCCUCAGAAUGGUUCUAUCAAACUCUAUUGUUGAUGUCACAGACACUCCAUCAGCAGUCUCUUACAGUUUGUGCUCAUUUCACAAACCUUUGUGAGACGAGUUGCAUCACUUCAGCCCGUCUGUUCUUUUACUACAUGAUUUCACUUAAACACAACAUUUUGUGUGGAGAAAAUGCAAUUCUCUGCUGCGUUUAACUUUGUCUUUUCUUUUGGUUAUGACAUGGUUGAGUCGCUGGCUCAGCUUUGGGUGCAUUGAACUGAUACACAGCCUAACACUGAAUUGAAUAUGCAGCCAUUAAUAUAGCUAAUACUGCAAGGAAAUCCAGUCCACUUUAAAUGUGGUAUUUGUAAAUGUGAGAAAUAUUGUCAUUGCAUGGGUUUAUUUGCUGAUCUCUCAGUCCACUGUGUCCCUCCCUCUCUGCUGAAUGGUGGGUGGUAUUGUAUGGUACUUUUAACUGUAUUGACGUUCUGUAUAUUGGUGUAAAUGUGGCAUGAAAACCGACCCCUCUUGUGUGCCUCAGGUGUGUAAAUUUGGUUACGUGAUCUUAAUGUCUGGCUGCUUAUUUGUGAGAAGUGUGAUGCAUCUCAUGUGUUUCUGUAAUUUAUAAGUAUUAAGAUUAUUUUUGUUUUCUGUACUUAUGUUCUUUUGUCUGAAAAUCAAGAUUUCUGUUAUUAAAAGUAACAACUUUUAUUAUA